AUGUGCAUACUCUCGCGGCAGGAGGAGGCUUUGGUGUGUGCUCGGUCUGUGGCGCUCCGUGGGCCGACAGACCCGCAUCUGCUCGACUUGCUGAGGCAUACCUUCAAGGCCCUCGGCCAUACCGCUACUCUGGUCGCGCUCAACGCUCAUGCCUUUGCUGCUGAUCGCUCAUCUGUCAAGCUGGCUGAGAGCUUGCUCAAUGCUCAGAUUGUCCACGGUGCUUACUCGGACGCUGCUACUACUGCUAUGGCUCUCAAGAAGCUCGGGCUCAAGUCGGGCGCAACCGUCUCGACCGUCGCCCGCUGGAUCGAUGUGGCCACGGCUCGUGCGGCAGAGUCUCGUGGCCUGCCACCGCCCUCAACCUCGGCAACCAUCAACGCUCAGCUUGUCCCGCGUCUCCUUCCAGCUCUGGCCUUUGAUGAUGUUGAGACCGCGCUCUUUGCCGCCAAUGCCCUCUCUGACCUCGACCUCCAUGCCGAGGCUCUUGAUCUCCUCGCUCGGCCGGACGUGGCAGACCUUUUCAAGAUCACCGACGAGAUUGUGGCGCUGCAGGCUGCUGCUGCUUCCCGAGUCGGCUUUGUCUCGCUCGCAGCGGGCAUGUACGCCGCGCUACUCGAGGACUCGCGGGUCGACAACUGGGUCCACGUUGUUGGAUAUGUCGAGGCCGUCCUGGCCCUGGCUGCUGCUCCCGAUGCGAGCCUGCCCGAGGCUUCCCCUGCUGCCGCGCUACUCGAGCGCUAUGGCAGCCGCGCGCCGGCGAACCUCGCCGACGCGUACACUUUUGUCGCCCAGCUCGCCGAGUCGUGCCUGGCCGAGGGCGUGACUCGCCGCAACCCAUCGAUGAUGGAGCUUGAGCUGCUGCGGGCAGCAUUGAUCGCCGGGCGGGUUGAUGAGCUUGCAAGUGUCCUGGACGAGCCUGUGCCGGCCCGCAUCCUUGUUCUUAUUCUCCGCCACUUUGACGCUUUUGCCACCAAGCCGGUCUGCCUCGCAGACCUCUCGCGCUACAUCGGCAUGGUGGCCGAGCCCGAGGCAGUGGUCGACACGCUUGCUGCCUCUGGCAAGGCCUCGAUCGAGUCCGCUGCCGGCUUGCGGGCGACGUUUACGCUCGAGGCGCUGCGCCUUCGGCUCGGACUGGUCGACGGCGUCCAGCGGCUGGGCGUGUGGCUAGGCCACUACGCCGCCGGGCGCGCGCUGCCUGGUGUCAAGCGCGAGCGUGGCGAGCGGCUGCCGUCGGACGACUUUCUCCUUCUUGUGGCGCACGUCCUUGCGCAGCGUGGUGAGGAGCACGACGCCGCGCUGGCGGUUACUGUCCUUGCCAACGGGCUCGAGGCCUCGCCGGACAACUUUGAGCUCCGUGCGCAGCUCAUUGCGGCGCUGCUCCGCGCCGGCGUCGCCGGCCCGGUCUUUGAUCUCUACGACGAGCUCGAGCUGAAGCACAUGCAGCUCGAUACGCUCAGCCACAUGGUCUUUCCGGCUGCCGCUCGCAUGGGCCUCGACGAGCCUGCCGCUCAGCGCCUCUUUGCCAUCGUCUCGUUCCACAAGUCGAACGAGAUUGACACGCCUGAGCAGAUUGUCCGCGCCUUUAGCGACAAGGCCUUUUCGCGCGCGCCCGAGUUUGCCGCGUUCAAGGACAAGCUCGCGUCUUCGCACCAGCGCUCGGUGGCUGAAACCGAGCUUGCUCUCCUCCAGCUCGGCACAGCGCUGAGCUCGACAAGUGCGCUCCGCGACUUUUUCACCGAGCUUGUCAUCAACACCGACGAGCCGUACUACGCCGGUCUCCGCAAUACCCAUGACAUGGCUGCGCUCAUGCGGUUUGACUGCCUGGUUCUCGGUGGCGAGCCGGACGUUCUCCCGCAGGACGCCGAGUCAGCAAGCCUUGUCCGCACCUCGACUGCCAUCAUCAAGGCCCAGCGUGCCGGUCUGCAUCUUCUUCGUGCCGCGGUCUACGCCUUUGACGCACCGACCGAGCUGCCGGGCAUGUGUGCCCGUGCCGCCAAGGCGGCGCUCGCCUCGCUUGCCGGGCCGUCGGGUGGCAAGAAGAAGAAGGGUGGCAAGAAGAAGAAGGGUGGCAAGAAGAAGGCUGCCGCGCCACCCGUGCAGGCCGAGCCUGCGCUGGAGCUGCCGGAAGAGGGCGACGCGCCGAUGAUGCUCGGCGGCGCCGAGGCCCUCGAGGCAGCCAUGGCGGCCUACGCCGGCGCCCUUGAUGUCGUCAGUCCGCAGAGCAAGGCCGACGUCCGUGGCGUGAGCGAGAUCCUCAAUCUUGCUGGCCGUGCCACCCUAGCCAUGGUCACCGCCGUUCGCGCCGACGAGCUCACCGCUGAGCUUGCCGGCGACGCCGUGGCGGCGAUUGACAGCCUCCGUGCCGCUGUUGCGCAGUCCGAGUGGGCGCUCAAGCUUGCGCCGCAGGUGGAGGACUCGCCGCUCUGGCCGCUGACGGCUGGACCUGCCGUCUACGACUUUGUGCACUACACGUUGGGUGUGGUGGGAGUGCUCGGCUCGCUGUGGGCGACCAAGAUGCCGCGCAAGGUCGGCAGGCUCUCCGAGUCGGCGCAGGCAGGCUGGGCCGACAUCAAGGCUGCACUUGCGGCUCUGCGCGACGACGCUGCCGAUGCCGCCCAGGGCGUCGCCGCCGCCGUCGACUCUGUGCGCAACGCGCCGGACCUUACUGACGCGGACAUCCUCCCGGCAUCGGUCCGCACCGGCGCUGGGCUCGACUCGGAGCUCUUUCCGGGCGCCACCGCCACUGCGCUCUUUGCCGCCGGUCGCGCUAGCUUUGUUGACGCGAUGGCGACCGCAGUCGCCAGCCGCAUCCAAAGCCUCGCCUUUACUCUUGGUUGAGGAUCAGCGGGGCCAGGACGCCGCGAAUGGCCGAUGGCCGGCGGGCUCCCUGCCUCCGGUUGUGCGACGUCGGCGAGUCAAACGACGAGAUCAUCCACCCUUUUGUCGGCGAGAACUCGGUCGGCGACUCGGGAACGGGAACCUGCGGCCGCAGCAGCUUUUUGGCCGGCCUCGUCGUAGGCGGCGACUCGGGAACAAAGACCG